AUGAGAAAAAAGUGAACAAAAAAUAGUAUAAGCCAUGAGAGGGGGCCUGGUUGCAAAGCACUUAAUAGUUGUGGAUAUGGAUUUUGGAAGAACUGUGUGUUGAGAUAUAUUCAUGUGGCAGACCUAGAUAAGUUAGGAUUCAAGGUUUGUUGAGUUGACUCAAGAUGUGCUAGUAUUAUAUGUGCUCCAUUGUUGCUGAGGAGAGCAAGACUAAUAACGCAGUUAGAAAUUCAUUAAUUUUGUAGAAAUAUCCAACUCAAAACCAACUAACAGUAAGUGAAGAGACCAACUAGGUUCAUCUAUUAGUUUAGGAGACCUUACACUGCCAAUUUGGAACAAGCUCUAAUGAACUUGAAAUUGAACCGGAAGAAAGGGGACAAAUUCAGCAAAUUUUAUAUGAUGCCAAAGUGGUCAGACACAGCUCCCUUCUCCAUUCCCCCUUGCUUAAUCCCUAGAAUAGUUGCCAAAGGGUUAUAUAUAUAUAUAUAUAAGAGAGAGAGAGAGAGAGAGAGAGAGAGAGAGAGAGAAAUGUAUAAUGUGUCUCAAAAUUCAUUAGUUUGGAGAAGUAACAGGAGGAAUGGUCCACUCUGGUUUUUGUUGAUAUAUUAUUACAUUUGUUGGGGAGUAUAUAAUCAAAGAGAGGAAGAAACAUGCAAAGAAAACUGAACAAAAAUCCAUGUCCCCAUUAUUUAGGGUCAACAAAGGAAGAAAGCCAAGAAUUAAGAACCAAAAUAAAAAAGUAGUCACUUGACCUCCCAGCAUUAAUAUUUCGAGAAAAUAUUGAGGGUAACGGUUUUAACCACGUCAGUAAUAUCACGUGGUGUAACUUUCUAAUAGAAAAACUACAAAGUGGAUAAAAUAGAUUCCACUUCCUUACAUGGAGGUGGUUAUGUAUUACAUGACUUAAUAAUUAUGAAUUUUUGUGGAGCUCACUUACAAAUUUGUUCAUUUUCUAUAGGAUGGUUAUACCACGUGACAUUGUUGACUGACAUUGUUGACAUGGUGUAACCGUCACGCCCAAUAUUUUCUUGUGUUUCUGCAUAUGUGAUAUGUCUUGUAGUGUCAUCCCUAAACUGUUGUAACGGCUUUGACUUUCCAAAUGCUUGCUCUCAUCUUCCGGGAACAAUUUCGGCUUGAGUCUUUAUUAUGUUUAUUGAUUCUUUAUCGACAUGAUUGAAAUUAGGGGACAAG